AUGUCGAGUGCGGCCGGAGACGAUACGUGGCAGGCCAUCGAGCCUCAGGGGCUCGCGCUGGGUCUUUUGGUCACUACCGUCACGUUGGCGAUUCUGACAACUAUCUUUAUGGCCAUGCGCAUGUUCAUUCGAUUCAAGACGAACAAAAUCGGUUCCGACGACUGGGCCAUGUUGACAGGAUUCACACUAUUGAUCUGGCAAGCUUUCUACGCCGGCAGCUUGUGCUUCAUCAAAUCCAGCAUCUGCAUCACCCUCAUGCGCAUUACGAACCAAAAGGUCUACCUGUGGAUCCUGCGAGGAUUGAUAGGUCUCUCCUUCUUGAUGAGCGGUUCUGGCCUAAUCGUCAUCCUGAACCAGUGUCACCCCCUCGAUAAGUAUUGGGAUAAGAGGAUACCGGGCACCUGCUGGCCACCCAUCGUAGCCACCGCGCUCUCGUACGGGGCCUCCGUCGCCAACGUCAUCACCGACUUCAACGUUGCGGCAAUUCCGUUCUUUCUGCUUCGGCAUGUGCAGAUGCGUUCCCGACUCAAGUUCUACGUGCGGCUUAUUCUGGGAUUGGGUCUCUUGUAA